AUGCCUGAACUUUUUAAGCGCAUUGAGAGCACGGGCAUUGGCCAGCCCGAUGAAGCAGCCCCAGCAUAUGACGACGUCAUUCAUCUCCACGGGCCUGCGCAUGGCUUCGCGCACUCUUCAUCCUCGGGCUAUGCCGCUGUGCCCCAGACCGAUGUCGAGCACGACGCCCCCACCCAUGACCACCAUGGCCUGGCACCAAGCACGCAGCAGCGACCCCAGGAAACCCUCGCGCAGACCAUCGCUGGCGUGUUCCGCCCCAAGCCGCACGUCCACUGCGAAGAAUGCGACAGGCAAACUGAGAGGCGAGAGCGAAGGGAGGCUAAACGACAUUGCUGUGCGAUGGUCGCGUCGGUAUUCAUGGUACUGUUCCUCUGCGGAAUGAUAUUGGGAAUUGUCAUCACAAAUGCGGCGGCGAGAAGGGCAAAGUUGCACCAUGGUUGA